AUGGCUUUCGCGCCUUUGUAUUAUACUGGUGAGCUCGCGACUUCUAUCAAAAAAAUUUUAAGUGUUUUAUUGACGUAUAGUUUUGUAUUAUUCCUUAUCCAAGGUAAAUGCAAACUUAGUCUUAACCAACAACAUGGGAUUUACGACAAUGGAAAAGCUCUCCCACAAGUGUAUCGGGAAAGAGUGCUUGAUCUGUAUCAUCAAGGGUCGACGCAAAGACAAAUUUCGCAGGAUAUGCGAGUUAGCAUCGGCUAUGUAAAUAAAGUUGUUCAAUUUUACGAACAGAGUAACUCCCCUCUACCUGCGCCACGUAAAACACCGGUUCGUAAUAUAUUUACAGCAGAUGUUGUUGAGUACGUGGAGUCCGAAAAAUUAUGUAAACCAAGUGUAUACACAACUGAAAUUCAACAGCGUUUGUUAUUUGAUGGGAUUUUUCCCCCUGGUCAAUUACCAUCACAGUCUGGAAUUUAA